AUGGGCACAUUGGUACUCUUGCGCACCGUCGGAAGAAGCUUUCACGUUACGAGUCCGCCACAACUUGCCUGGCUCGUCGCCGGCUACUCCCUGACCGUUGGAACCUUUAUCCUCUUCUCCGGCCGACUUGGCGACGUUUUCGGCCACAAGAGGAUGCUUCUCACCGGCUUCUCCUGGUUUUCUCUCUGGUCCCUCGUCGCCGGCCUGAGCGUGUACUCGAACUACAAGCUCGCCGUCUUCUCUCGCGUUCUCCAGGGCAUUGGCCCAGCAAUCUGUCUCCCCAACGCGCUCGCCAUCCUUGGCACAGCGUAUCCGCCAGGUCACCGGAAAGCGAUGGUCUUUGCCUUCUUCGGUGCCGUCGCUCCCAUCGGUGCCAUUUUCGGCGGCAUCUUUGCCUCACUACUGACCCUGGCCUGGUGGCCGUGGGCGCUAUGGGCGAUGUCCAUCUGGCUUGCCUUGCUGGCCGGAGCUGGUAACGUUGCGAUCCCUUCACUGCCGAAAACGUCGAGCCCUCGGCAAGAUUGGGCGUCUUGGAUCACUUUGUUGGAUCUGCCCGGCGCAUUUGUCGGUGUUGUUUCCCUCGUUCUCUUCAACUUUGCGUGGACUCAGGCACCGAUUGACGACUGGGGAACGCCAACCGUUCUCGCUCCCCUCGUUCUUGGCAUCGUCCUGUUUGCUCUGUUUCUCGUUAUCGAGAUGAGGUGGAGCCCGAUGCCACUGCUUCCCUUCGAUGCCAUCAACGCAGACGUCGCUUUUGUCUUGGCAACUGUAGGCUGUGGAUGGGCCACAUUUGGAGUCUGGACUCUGUACCUCGUUCAGAUCAUGCAAGAAAUCCAUCAACUGUCACCACUGAUCACGACUGUCUGGUUCUGCCCUGUCGCCGUUGCCGGGGCCGCCGCCGCCGUCUGUACGGGCAAGCUUCUUGGCCCUUGGCAGAUGAAGCCAGCGCUUGUCAUGACGCUCGCCAUGGCCGCUUUCACCACAGGCUCCAUUAUCACGGCCCUGGCGCCGACGGAUCAGAUAUACUGGGGACAAAUCUUCAUCUCCAUGGUCAUCAUGCCAUUUGGUAUGGACAUGAGCUUUCCGGCCGCGACACUGAUCCUAUCCAACGACGUAUCCAAGGAGCACCAGGGGAUCGGGGCGAGCCUCGUCAAUACGGUCGUCAACUACGGCAUCGCCUUGGGUGUCGGCUUCGCGGGCACCGUCGAGGUGCAAGUGAACGGAAAGGGCGAGUUGGUGGAAGAGAAAAUUCGCGGUUUCAAGGGCGCCCUGUACAUGGGCGUCGGCCUUGCCAGCCUCGGCCUGGCUGUGAGUCUGGUGUUUCUAGCAAGAGAGCUUUUCAAACCGACGCGGCCGAAUGGCUCUCUGCGACCGGCUGUACCAGCAUGA